AUGGCCGUUACAGGUGCAAUUGUUAACAGUUUCAAAAAUGUUAUUUUUUUGCAGGGCCGCACCACAAGAAUCAGCCAUGCUCGAUUUCGUAGAGCCCCCGUGUCUCCUGCUUCUGCUACUCAAGAACGGCAGCAACAACCAGAACCACAACUGCAGCAGCAGCAACAACAAGUUCAAGAUCCAGGACCUACUGUUCGACCUAUUAGUUCUCAGACAACAGAGCAAGGCUCUGCCUUUAGAGUUUACCAAUCGACCCCAGUUCAUCGGCUUCCUCCCUUGCCCCAAAAGACUCCUCUUUUAGUUGCAAAGAAUGGGUUUUCAAAAAGGAACGAGAUUCAACCUUCUAUCAAUUGCUUCAUGCCUACUGAGCCAAAGCUUCAUGCCCGACCUUGGAUUUUGCAAACAGUAGGUAGACCAACUGAAGCAAGGACUAGUGAAGCAAAGACUAGCAGCGGAUCUAGAUCUGAAUCAUCGGAUCUUUUUCACUUUGACUACGUAACCUGA